AAAGACAGCUGAGUGGCAAAGUAGUGGUCCGAGCCGAGGUGCCAUAUGAAGUGGCUGGCGUUUACCCAAUUGUUCUUCCCGCUGCCAAAAUCCGCCUUGAGAUCGACACCCAGUUUUCCUCCCUGCCGGCGAUCUUAUCCCCUUAAUUUCGACGCAGUGAGAGUCGAUUUCAUCAAGAAGCCAUCGGUAUAUUCCUCCUCGUGCCGUCGGCAGAUGGCGGCCGGCGAGAGCGCGGCGUCUUCUUCUCCGGCGGUGAUUAGGCUGGAACCCAUUGAAGCAACGCCGGAGAGCUUCCGAGAAUUCGGGCAAGUCAUCGAGGUGUCACCCGACGGCGAUGAGUUUGGGCCCCGCGACGCGCAGCUCGACCUUUCCCGAGGCAUUCCCAGGUUCUACAUCAUGCAUCUCGAGGACAGGCCUCUCAAGUUCUCCACGAUCACACACCAUGCCAGCGUGACCCAGUGCCUCGGCUCCAUUGGCGGCCACGUCUGGUACCUUGGAGUGGCGAGGCCGUCUCUUGUUGAUCCAGGCGAAAACAGAGCAGAGAACGCAGUGCAAUCACGCUGUGGCCACUCUUACGUCCCUCCGGCUGUUGAUGGCGUGCGUGUUUUCAAGGUUUCUGGCCCCAAGUUCCUGAAGCUUAACCGCGGCACGUGGCACGCCGGGCCGUUGUUUCUUGACAAGGCCAUGGACUUCUAUAACUUGGAGCUGAGCAACACCAACGUGGUUGAUCAUACGACGCAUGAUUUUGUAAAGAAGAAUAACGUAGUGUUGGUGUUUGAUGAGUAGCUGUGUUUGAUUUCCUCAAUCAAAUCAAACGAUUUCUCAACCUGCUCGGAGAGAUUAUGUUAAUUUGGCGAGUUUUAUACCUGCCACUGACAUAUAAAUGUCACCUGGGUUUAUAUGUUGUUGAUCUCUCUCUUUAAAACUUGAAAUGUUGAGCUAAUAUCUUCACUUUUAAA